CUCGUUGCGUCUGUUUGGCGCUCUUCACUCUCGCCUGCUCUGGCGCGUUUUUGAAAGAGCUAGCGCGUCAGUAAUAUGUGUUCUCGGACCAACACGACCAGUUUAACGACUUGGUGUUCGGUUCGGCGCCCGACAUGGUGACGGUAUUUGGACUUCCUUCACGGCUUCCACUGGGGAGAGUUAUGGUCGACGUCGCAGCUGGUUGUCGUUGUUAGCUUACUGUUGUACAGUGGAGUUUACAUGUCGAGCAAACCACGGACGCCUUUCUCUGAGAGACGUCGUCGACUGCUGGUGCAACGACAUCAAUUCUCUUCCCUGCGUUUUGGACCAUCGUGACCUUCAAACUAUGGCAGGAGUUGUGGCUAUGGCAUCUGUUAUUGAGGACUUUGACACUCAGCCAUGCAAGAAAGCUCGCAAAGAUGGCGGCAGUCCCAUUGUUAAGACAAUCACGAACUAUUUUUCUCCGCUCCCGAAGCCGGCGGAGAAGCCUUUUUCUCCUCCUCGCUCCAACAACAUCAUGGACUACUUCAGCAAAAGACCUAAUUUAGUCUCUAAAGAAAAGAGCAGUUCACCAGAGCAGCCCAAAGAAUCAUGUCAGAAGAAUCAGUCAGUAGAAAAGCAAUCCACUCCAGAGGCACUAUCGAAGCAACCGCCUCAAAAACGCAGAAAAAAAACAAACGUUUCCAGGAAGCUUGUGGAGGAUAAAGCUGUUGAUGAAGAUUGCAGCUUUGUUGUUCAAGAUUCACCAGAGAGGAAUGUCUCUGCACCGAAAUCAAGAAAGCCCUCUCAAAAGAAACAGAAAAGAGCUGAGAAAUGCUUGGUGGAAAAUGAGUGCAAGACUGUAGAGCCAACUGAAGAGGAUUGUUCUAUAGAACAGCCUGAAGUCCAAGUAAUAAGCAGUAGUUCACCCUCUUCUGUUGUGUUACCAAAAGAUAAAGUGAAACGCAACAGGAAACCAGCAGCAAAGUCUAAAAAGGAUGAUGAACCGGUGAAACAAAUUGAAGCAGAGGUGAAAGAGGCGGCUAGUUUCCUCUCUGAUGCGAGCAUGGAGGUGAAUGUGGACGAGAACUCUGAGUUGAACAGUAGCACUGUCAUGAUCUCCUUUGAGGAUUUCGUGCGCAGUCACAGCCAAGAUGAUGCAGAGGAGGUUGGAGAUGAUGAGCAAUGCAAGGCUCCUUCAGUUCAAGUCGUAGACGAAGUUGAAAUAAAGGAAAAUGAGCCGUUACAGCCCCCUGUAUCUAAUGAAGCCUCUGGAGAAGCACCCCUCCAGGUGCCACAGCGUACUCUCACUAUCCAAGCUGAGGUGCAUAAGUGUAAGGAGCCAGUGGGAAAGGUUGCUUCCAUAUUCAACAAGAGGAAUGUUGUGGGUUCCCCAGCAGAAGUAGCAUCAGUCGGCAAAUCUCCUUCUCCGACUGUGAAGCGCAGGUCCAAUGUUGUCCUGCUGGAGGAAGAGCUUGAGCUGCUGGUGCUUGAAAGUGACUCCACAUCUAAGUGCAGCGAGUCGGAGAGAAAGCAGUUCAUGGCUGCCUUCAAACAAGCCGGUAAAGUUGCCAAAACUCAGGAGAAGCUGAAGAAACCUGCAGACAAGGACGCUGAAGAGGGUGCCGCUAGACCUCCCGUCGACGAGCAAGCGCCCCCUGUUGCCCAGGGGGAUAAAGUUGUCAAAAAGAAGCCUGGGAGGAAAACGAAAAAGAAGGCGAACGUCGACUCAGCAGCUGCCACCCAGAGUCCUGCUGAAGAAGCCGUGGUCGUGAAGGAGAACAAGACUGGUGCUACAGAGUCAAAUGAUUCCGCUCCAGCAACGAGGCGGUCUCUAAGAGGAGGUGCCGGGAGUCGCACCCCGAUAGCUCCUCAGAUGGAUGGCAGUGCCAAGCCAGCAGCUGAGGAGGCAUCAUUGGGAACUCCUGUCAGCAUAUCGACGCCACGGAAACGUAAGUCUCGCCAUGGAGUUUUUGUUGCAGAGCUGGUGUGUCCGCCUGACACCAAGGAGAGUCCCAUCAGAAUCAGGUUGACCAGAGUCCGACGAGACAGUGAUAAAGGAGAAAAUGGCGUCAACAGUCCUUUAUCCUCCAAGAACGAGUCUGAAAAACAGAAGCAGGCAAAGAAGUUGGUGGAGAAGGCCAAGGCGAUUAAGAAGAGUAAGAAAGCUGUGGAGGUGAAGGGCACCUUGAGGCGUUCAUCCCGCUCUGAGACGUCCGCCUCAAAGACCUACUGCGAGGACGAGGAUUCUAUCAUUUGCCUCGAUGAUGCCCCGGCUGCACCAGCCAAGGGAGCGGUGGAGAAGAAUAAACCGAAGAAGUCUCUCCGCAGUUUAAACGACGUGCUGGGAAAACAGGCGUCUCAUGGGAAAGGCUCCAAACAGACAACUGCAAGCCAAGAGAAGAACGUCCGGAAGGUGUCUAUAUUUGACGAGAGCAGCCGCGAGGGGUCAGAGAACUCCCAGGAUGACGAGCAGUUCAAGGCCCGCAGGGAGUUCCUGAAGAGCGGCUUGCCAGAGAACUUCAGGAAGCAGAUCGCCAAAGCUGCAGCCACCAGAGAGGCCUAUUCUGCACAAUGUUUAUCCUUCCAAUCGGUUCUACACGCGACUCAGCCGCCGACAGAUUGUCCCCUUUGGAGUCUUCCGUGGCCAAAAUGUCCAUUACUGUCGGAUCUGAAGGAGCCAUGGAGCCAGAAGAUCAGCUCUGCUCUCUCAUGUAGUGGGCACUUUAGUAUGAAAACAGAAGCAGCACGUAAAGUUUCACAUGGAAGAGUUUCGGGGUGGAGGCCUGACAUUGCUGCAGAUGUCCUCCAGAUUCUAAUAGAAGAUGUCCGUUCCUGCAACUCUUCCUUCCCUGUUCAGAUGUUCCUGACUCGCUUGAAGACAAAGUGUUCAGAAUACCAUCAGCUCUGCAGUUCAGAAGCCGCAGCAAAAGUCACAAGCACAGACUCAUCAGUCAAAGCUGGCGGCAAGGGGAAGAGGAAACGCUUGGAUGACGACGGAGUCAAAGCUGCGAAGAAGCAGAGAGCCGGCCUUGGAGAUGACAGUGUUUCGGUAGAGGUGGAACCUUCAAGGAGGGCGAGGCGUAGACGAAGUGCCCAGAAACAAAGUGUGGCGGAGAAGAAGGAAGCGGCCUCCGUCUCUGGCGAAGACUCGCCCUCUAAAGACGACGCGAGCGUAGAAACAGAUGUGGUCAGGGAAGAUGUUCUGUGGACGGACAAGUAUCAGCCUCAGCACUCCAGUGACAUCGUGGGGAAUACGGCAUCAGUGAGGAGGCUGCACAGCUGGUUGAAGGAGUGGAAGCUGCGUGCUGAUAGAGAAGAGAAAAGACAGAGGGAGCCAAAGAAGCCGGAGGACAGCAGUGUCGAUUCUGACUGGGACGGCGGCGACGACUCUGUGUUUGCUGAGGACGGCCUCUGUAACACAGUCCUCAUCACUGGCCCCACUGGAGUCGGGAAGACAGCUGCUGUUUACGCCUGUGCUCAGGAGCUGGGUUUUAAGGUGUUCGAGGUGAACGCGUCCUCUCAGCGCAGCGGCCGGCUGAUCCUGUCCCAGCUGCGAGAAGCCACCCAGUCCCACCAGGUGGACAGUCAAGGGGUCAACGCCCACAAACCCACCUACUUCACCAGCUACAGCACUGGCAGCAGCACCAGCUCGGUCAAACACGGCAUCUCGCCCCGGAAGAUGAACUCGCCUCGCAGGGUCGUGUCGUCGCCGAGAAAACUCCCCCAGUCUCCUCGAGGUAGCAAGCGAGGAGGCUUGGCUCCGACCUCGUUGGCUAAAUUCUUCAAACCCGGCGCUGACAGCUCUAAGAAGGAGCAUCAGAAGUCAAAGAGCUCCACACAUGAAGCUCCUCUCAAAUCCAAGAACACUCUGAAGUCACCCACAUCCAGCACUGAGGAGCAGAGCAAGAAGACGGCCACCUCACUGAUCCUGUUUGAGGAGGUGGAUGUCAUUUUUGAGGAGGACUCUGGAUUUUUGGCUGCGAUCAAGACGUUCAUGGCGACGACUAAGCGGCCCGUGAUCCUCACGACCAGUGACCCUGCUUUCAGCACCAUGUUCGACGGACACUUUGAGGAGAUACAUUUCAAAACCCCCUCACUGGUGAACGUGUGCAGCUACCUGCGCCUGCUGUGCCUGACGGAGAACCUGAGGACUGACGCGUCCGACGUCAACGCGCUGCUCAGACUGAACAACUGUGAUGUCAGGCAGAGCUUACUUCAAAUGCAGUUUUGGGCUCGCAGCGCGGGAGGUCGCCAUGACGACCGUCAGCUGCAGGCUCGCAAAGAUGGAGAAGCAGGGACGUCUGGUGAAGUGAAGGAUCUGCCUCUCUGUGACACUGGCUGCACAGAGAGCGCGCUGGGCCUGAUCAACAGCCAAACAGAGAAGAGCAUUUGGGAUCUUCUCAAGACUCAAACUCAAGAUGUGGCUAGCUGGGCUCUGCUAGUGGAAGGCCUUCGACGUGGAUUUAACCUCACCUACUCCAACAUGGAAAGCCUGGUGCCCUUACCUCAGAAGGAGCUGGAACCCUUCACGAAGAAACCUCAGCUUUCUCAACGAGAGAAACCCCUUCCCGUCCCGCCUCCAGAACCGACCUCAUUUUUACCUUCUGCAGAGUCGGACGACGGGAGUCCAGUGAAGUUAUCGCACAGAAUGAAGAAAAACAAGCGGACACGGCAGUCAGCUGACAAAGGUGGACUUCAAUCUGACUCCGACUCGGGGGAUGGGUUUCUAUCCCUCUCCAAACCACAGCCUGAUUUAAAAGAAGAAAUGAAUAAGAAUCUAACUGUAAGAAGUCGGGCGCUGACUGCAGAGGAGCGGCUCACAAGUCUCCCCGUCUCCCAGGGUCUUCAGGCCAUAGCAGACUUUUUUGACUCCAUGUCCUUCGCUGACAGCUUCACACAGAGAAACCCUCCGGCACUUUCCGCGGUGAAAGACGGAAUGAUGGAUGAGCCGAGGAUGGAUUGUGACCGUUCGAGCUGCGAGGAAAAGGAGCGUGUGUUGGAGGUGCAGGCGGCUGUGGAAGCGCUGAGCUUUCACAAGUGCAGGACAUCUCUCACCGAGGCCCGUGACCAAGCGCUGAAGCUGGAUGAGGAGCUGGGAAGAAAGGCCAUGGAGGAGCUGACCCUUCCUGUGGCGCCUCACCGGGCCAGUUUCAGCUUCACAGCAGGCGACCCGUGUCCGGCACAUUUGGCCACUCACAGACGGGAUGUGAUGGAUUCGCUGGUGUGCAGAGGGGCGUUUGGGGCCGUUGACAGACGGCUGAUGGGGCUGGACUACCUGCCAACACUUCGGACCAUCUGCAGGUCCGAGCAGCUCAAAGAGCAGGAGAAAGUGAAGCGAAGGUUUCUGCACUAUCUGGACUCGAUCCACCUCGGAGUCGACAGAGAAACUCUGCAGCACCUUGCAGAAGAAUUUCCUGGAUCUCAUACACGACUGAAGCCGUGCAGAUGAAUAGUCGACUGACUUGUCCUGAAUCAUGUGACACACCCAUUCGGCCACUUGGCAAAUAUUUUUAUACAGUUUUUAUUCUGAGCUUCACUAACUGCCUGGAAUUUUCCAGCAUAAUAUGUACAGUUGCCUCCUAAUGUAAAGUUAUGUUAAAUAGUUAAAGAGGGUUUGUAUAAAAAUAGAAUUUGUGAGUUUAACUCUUUUGUACGAACAGCAUUGUGUUUCAAAGUCAAGCUAUUACUUCUUUUUAUUUUUACUUCCACAAUGACAUUUGCUUUUUUGUGAUUUGUUUUCAGUUUUUAUUUUUAUUUUUGUUGUGACCUAAUAAAGGAAACCUGAAAGCCGGAA